CUAAUGGUAAAUGCAUUGACUUUUCAAUAGUGUAUCUCUCGAUAUGAUUAACACAUUUACCACUCAUUCAUAACAUUUCAUAUCAAAACAUGUGUUUCAUAAUUGAGUUCAAGUAUUUGUGUUAAUCAUCUCUGAUUGUGGUGUUUGUGAUCAAUACAUGUGACCACUAAUUGCUAUCCCGUUUCGCCCGCAGACCGACACCAACAACGAUAUGUCCAACUCUUCGUCGCCACCGACCACCACAUCCUCGUCGCCGAUGAAUGACUCGACGCAUACAUCCAAUGAUACCUCAAACAAGACAAUGGAUGGCAACCGAAACUCAUUGAAUGCACCCAAAUAUGGCACUCCAGUGCCAAACCGUGUGUUUGUCGGCGGAAUCCCUACCGAUGCAAAGGAGUUUGAAGUGAAGAAUCUGUUCUCACAGUUUGGUAACGUUGUGUCCGUGAAGAUCAUCACCGAUAGGGCCGGAAUUCCUCGCGGCUAUGGAUUUGUCACUUACGAGACUGAAGACGACGCCAAACGUGUGCUGAAAGAGAGCGACAAUCUGUUGAUUAAGAACCGAAAGCUCAAUAUCUCUGUCGCCAUCAAAAAGCAGCAACACUUCAAUGACUACCGAAGCGCUCACAACACUGUUAUUUAUAACCCAAUAAUGAACACCACAUCCAAUACAGUGUAUCCCGAUUUUGGUAUCUAUUCAUCGGAAGGAAUUCCGUUAUACAAUCUGGGAGUCAGUCCUCAUUUGAUAGCCAACGGUGCCGUCACUUCAGCGCAGAAU